AUGAUCGAAAAUAAAGUUCUUCCAUUCAUUAAAAAUAAUCAAAUCAAAUGUUUUUAUACAUUAGCAUCAUUUUUAAUGAUUUAUGAACUAUGUAUUAAUAAAAUAAUCAUUGAUUAUGUAAAAUAUACAGAAAUUGAUUGGAGUACAUAUGUUCAACAAGUUGAAGUAUUUUUAAAAGGAAUUUAUGAUUAUACAAAGAUUGAAGGAGAUACAGGACCAUGUGUCUAUCCAGCUGGACAUUUAUAUGUUUUCAGUUUAUUAUAUAAUUUAACAGAAAAUGGAUUAAAUAUAUUAAAAGCACAAUAUAUAUUUGCAGCAAUUUAUAUAUUAUUAACAUUUAUAGUAUUUUCAAUUUAUGGUGAAUCAAUUAAAGAAUCUAUUAAACAAAUCACAAAUAAAUCAAAUAAUAAUAAUAAUAAUAAUAAUAAUAAUAAUAAUAAUAAUAAUAAUGUAUUUUUAAAAAUACCAUUUUAUAUUAUAAUAUUUUUAUGUUUAUCAAAAAGAAUUCAUUCAAUAUUUGCACUUCGUAUGUUUAAUGAUUGUAUAUCAAUGUUAUUAUUUUAUAUUUCAUUAUAUUUAAUAAUUAAAGGUAGAUGGAAUUUAGGUUGUUUAUUUUUCAGUUGUUCAGUUAGUGUAAAGAUGAAUGUACUAUUAUACUCACCAGCUUUAUUGUUUUUGUUAUUGUCAACAUUUGGUAUUUGGAGAACUAUACCAAAACUAAUGAUUUGUGGCUUGGUUCAAGUGUUAUUAGCAAUUCCAUUCCUGAUGGUUAAUCCUCAAGGUUAUCUAUUACGUGCUUUCGAAUUCUCUCGUCAAUUCUUAUACAAAUGGACUGUAAAUUGGAGAUUCUUACCUGAACAUCUUUUCCUCAACAAAUCUUGGGCUUUAUUCUUAUUAUCAAUUCAUUUAUUAUUUAUAAUUUUAUUUUUUAUAAAAUAUAUAAAGAAAGAACAAGGUGGUAUUUCAAAUAUAUUAAAAAGAGGUAGUAUUAAUCAAAAUCCAAAACUUUUAUCGGUAAAUUAUAUUUUAUUGAUAAUGUUUACUAUUAAUCUUAUUGGUGUUACAUUCUCAAGAUCAUUACAUUAUCAAUUUUAUUUAUGGUAUUUCCACACAUUACCAUUUUUACUUUGGUCAACAAAUUAUAAUUUAUUUUUAAAAAUUGGAUUUAUGUGUAUUACUGAAUAUGCUUGGAAUACAUAUCCAUCAACUUCAACAAGUUCACUAAUGUUAUUUAUUUCAAAUUUUAUUUUAUUAAUUCAAUUAUAUUUCCAACCAACUAUAAAUUCUUUAAGGGAGGAUAAAAAUAACUCUUCUGGUUUAAAAAAAAAAAAAACCAAAUAA